AGCUGGUGAGCAAGAAGAGAGAAAGAGAGAGAGAAUGAGUUCAACUUUGGAUGUGUUUGGAGGAGCCUCUAUUCAGGUACUCGGCACUGAGGUGGAAGAGGGUGUGGUGUACUCAGUCAGUUUGAAGAGAGUGAGGUACAGGACCCAGCCUAGUGACGGUGGUCAUCUCCAGUGGAACUCUCACAAGAUACGCACACUCAAAGCAGGGACAGUGGACAAGUUGGUGGAGUAUCUAGCACCAUGGAAGGACCCACUAGACGUGUCAUACAGGACCUGCUUCUUGAGCACAUACAGGACAUUUGCAACCCCGGAUACUGUGUUGCAGCUGCUUCUACGAAGAUUUAGAUACUACCAACCUGAUGAUGAUGCAAAAGAUACAGAGGAUAAAGCCGUUGUUCAAAGUCAUGUGAUCUCGUUCCUUUGUCAUUGGCUGGAGAGUUAUCCACAGGAUUUUCACAGUCCCCCCGCCCACCCCCUCCUGGCGAAGCUCCACCCACUAACCAUCUCACACGCUCAUCUCCAGAGAAUUGUUGACAACCUUCUAUUGGAUUUUGAGACGAGAGACUUUGUUAAGCGUGGGCGGAGUGGAGUGAGUGUGGAUAGUGGACUUGGUGUGCCAAUUGAGGACAGUGACCCUGUGGACGAGUGUGACGGCUUAGAGGACUUUGACCUUGGAACUUUGAAACCUCAGCAGUUUGCACAAUGCUUGACUGCACUAGAUGCUGAAGUAUUCCAGAGGAUCACCCCUCACCAUUGUUUGGACUAUGUCAGGGACUCUAAGAAUGCUGACAAUGCACCCUCCGUGAGAGCUUGCAUACAGCACUUUAAUCGAGUAUCGCUGAUCGUCAUAGCAACUGUUAUCGGAGGCACCAGCCCAGAGGGACGUGCGCUGAAGAUAGUGCAGUGGAUUGAUAUUGCUAGUGAGUGCAGAGCCAUCAAGAACUUCUCAUCUCUGAAGGCCAUCAUCUCCGGUCUGCAAUCAACUGCUGUGUACAGACUGAAGAGAAGCUGGCAAAGCCUACCCAGUUCUAAGCAGUCACUCUUUGACGAGCUGUCUGGUCUCCUAGCAACUGAUGGGAAUCACCAAACGAGCAGGGACCUUCUCACUAGGGAGGGCACGGCAAAGUAUGCAGAGCUUUCACCGAGGAAGAGCAAAGCUGGUCCACUUAUGGGUGGCUCUGUGCAGGGGGUGGUGCCUUACCUCGGCAUGUUCCUCACUGAUCUCACCAUGGUACACAGUGCACACAAGGACGUCACUGAGACUGGACUGAUUAACUUUGACAAGAGGCGUAAACUGUUUGAGUUGCUCGCACAGUUAACUCUCUAUCAGAAGUCGGCGGCCAAUUAUCGGUUUCCCUGCCACUCCGGACUAACUGCUUGGUUACACUCUACACCCACCCUCACAGCAGCAGAAAGUUAUCAGAUAUCAGGUGAUAUUGAGACAGCGGACUAUCUCACCCCAUCCCCCGUGGCAAACAAGAUCCUCCUCUCCCCAGCAAGGCUGAGGUAUAGACUCAAGACGCUGUUCAGUACGAAGGGGGCGGUCGUGGGCGACUCACACACCCUCACACUCCCACGCCCACAUACCCUCACACCCUCACUACCCUCGUCACCCACACACACAACCAAGACGCUGCUGACAGAUACAACAGCUAGCGUAGAUAAUUUGUUGGACGUACAUUUUGACUCUGAUUCUAUUGAGAUGCAAUCGAAAAUUCGAAAACGAUCGAAUUCAAUGUCUCCUUCAAUUGGAAGACGGUACUGUGGAAGAAGUAACCAUAGCGAUACUAGACCACACCCACUCCCAGGUCAUGUGGUACGAGUGGCCCUGACUCACAGUGAUCACUGCAACUAUAAAUGCUUAUUGGUGUCAGAGGGAGAUCGAACAGGUGCUGUAGUUGCUAGGGCCAUUAAGAAGUUCUCUCUGAAAGGCUCCCCAGCUGACUACACUCUGGUGCAACUAUUGGAAGAGAACAGAACCAUGGUGAUCCCCCGGCAUGGAAAUGUGUACUUUGCCCUGAACACAACUGAAACUAAAGCAACAUUAUUAUUAAUGAAAAGUGAAAUUUAGCUAUAAUUAUAUAAUAUGUAUAGCUUCUCAGAAUUUACCCCCUGGGGUUUUUCAUUGUUAUUGUAUUGAAUUGAAACCAGUAUACCGUAUA